AUGGAUGCAUCUAAAGAAGCCGUAAAUAGGACUGUACACCUUUGUGUUGCUGAAAGGGAAGUGCUGAUGAAAAAUUUGCGGAAUUCGCUGGAAAACGAUUUUUUGGUAAAGUCGGGCUCAAAAAAAGACUUCUCUCGCAUAUGGAAGUUAAUAAACGGAACCAUUGAUAAGUUGGAAGGUUGCCAUAGGAAACGAUUAUUCGAAUUUGCUCCAUUGGAAGAAUUUGUUUUUCGAAACGCUUUAUUAUAUUCAUUCGCUGUUUAUACAACAAUUGGCUACGGGAAUCUGUUUCCGCGAACAGUAACAGGUCGCGUUUUGACUAUGGUUUACGCAGUUCUUGGAAUACCACUGAAUGUAGCAUUUAUUGCUGAUCUAAGUGAAAUCCUGGUUAUUGGUGUGCAGCGUGGCCUGAAAUAUUUUCGACGUCAUUUUCCGCGAACAGUAACAGGUCGCGUUUUGACUAUGGUUUACGCAGUUCUUGGAAUACCACUGAAUGUAGCAUUUAUUGCUGAUCUAAGUGAAAUCCUGGUUAUUGGUGUGCAGCGUGGCCUGAAAUAUUUUCGACGUCAUGUUUUGCACAAGUAA